GCUGCGGCGGCUUCCGCGCACUCGUUGGGAGCGCUCGUUUCCCAACACCGACUGUUGGAAUUAUCACGCUUCGGUCUACGCGGUUACGACUUGGCUCAACAUAUGCUGACGCAACAAGGAGCAGUAUCAAAACUACUGGGAACUUUGAGACCACCUGGACUAAUUGGAGGUUCGAAGCCAAAAGUGGCAACUCCAGCUGUAGUGUCAAAAAUAGAACAAUAUAAACGAGAAAAUCCAACGAUAUUUGCUUGGGAAAUUAGAGAACGUCUUAUAUCAGAAGGAGUCUGCACAAACGCAACAGCGCCAUCAGUAUCCUCCAUCAACCGAAUCUUAAGAAACCGAGCUGCCGAAAGAGCUGCGGCCGAAUUUGCACGAGCCGCAGGCUACGGCCUUUACCCUCCGCAUCCGUACGCAGCAGCAGCAGCCGCUGGGGCAGCGGGCUACCCAUGGCCAGGACACGCACCCGCGCUAUGGCCGUCGGCCGCGGGCCACGGUCUUUCGGGUGCCCCAGGACACGCUCAUGGACUCCCUUCGUCGGCUACCGGGGACGUCGGUCUCUCUGCGAGUCUUUUGCAUAGGUCGAGCAGAGGCGGUUCUUCGCCGGAUUUGGGGAAUAGAAUGAUAGAUGUAGAUGGAGAUGACGGCGGUAGUUUAGACGGAGAACAGCCGAAAUUCCGGCGCAACCGGACAACUUUCAGCCCGGAACAACUGGAGGAAUUAGAACGCGAAUUCGACAAAUCUCAUUAUCCUUGCGUGAGCACGAGAGAACGAUUGGCAAGUCGCACGUCUUUGAGUGAAGCUCGAGUCCAGGUUUGGUUUUCCAACAGACGAGCGAAGUGGCGACGACACCAGCGCAUGAACCUCCUAAAACGCUCUUCGCCUCAAUCCCGAAAUGUGAUGUCAGCCUCACCUCAAUCACGAAGCCACAUGUCCUCACCUCAAGGGUUUGCGUCAAGGGGGCCGUCAUCUGGUCACCGGCCAGAUUCUGCACAGAUGAUGCACGCGACACCACUUUCGGGGAUGGUGCCACCAGUGAUGGGUGGAGAAAAUAGUGCGUUCAGGUCACUCAGUGGUGGUGUGGGUCAGGGUAGAUGUUUGAGUGAUUGUGCAGACAUUUCCGAUUGUGAUUCGGAUGAAGAAAUUAAUGUCAAUGAUGAGUCUGAUUGUGAAAUGGAUGACAGGACAAAAACUUUGGCGAUGGAGUCGAAGAUUUUGGGCAUGAGGAAAGAUCAUGAUGGAAACGGGAAUUGCACUAAUGCAAAUGCGAUGAUGCAACCGUUGCAGCUCACCAAACAUGAUAGGCAAUAA